AGAUUUGUAUAAUGGUUAAGUGAUAAAAUCUCACAUUAUAGAGAGAGAGACGCACAUUUUAUAACUAAUUUAGUUAUUUUCGUAUGCUUUCUUCAAUUUCUUUUGAAAUCUUGAUCUUAUAGCAGAAAAAACAGUACAAAGAGAUCAGAUAAUUGUGAAUUGUUUACACGAAAAUGGAGUUGUUUUACUAUCUAGUGUUCGGCGGAUUAGGAGCAGUGGUUGCUGCGUCGGAGCUGAGCAAAACCACCAAAGAUCGAAUCAAUACGUCGCCGGCGUUUAAUUCUUUCAAGAAUAAUUACCUUCUUGUUUACUCUCUUAUGAUGGCCGGUGAUUGGUUGCAGGGUCCAUAUGUGUACUAUCUGUAUAGCACAUAUGGGUUUGGGAAAGGAGACAUUGGACAGCUUUUUAUUGCUGGUUUUGGAUCCUCCAUGUUGUUUGGGACUAUUGUUGGCUCUUUAGCUGACAAACAGGGUCGAAAGAGGGCAUGCGUUACUUAUUGCAUCACCUAUAUCUUGAGUUGUAUUACUAAGCAUUCUCCUCACUACCGAGUUUUGAUGCUUGGUCGUGUUUUGGGAGGCAUCGCUACUUCCCUUCUAUUUUCAGCAUUUGAAUCAUGGCUAGUCGCAGAGCACAAUAAGAGGGGCUUUGAACAACAAUGGCUGUCAUUAACUUUCUCUAAGGCAAUAUUUCUGGGCAAUGGUCUUGUUGCUAUAAUAGCUGGACUGUUCGGAAACCUUCUUGUCGAUACAUUUGCUCUUGGUCCCGUGGCCCCCUUUGAUGCCGCUUCAUGCUUUCUUGCAAUUGGAAUGGCCAUUAUUCUUUCAUCCUGGUCGGAAAAUUAUGGUGACACUUCAGAGAGCAAGGACUUGCUCAACCAAUUCAGGGGUGCUGCUGUGGCCAUUGCUUCCGAUGAGAAAAUUGCUUUGCUCGGUGCCAUUCAGUCACUGUUUGAAGGUUCUAUGUAUACCUUUGUGUUCCUUUGGACACCUGCUUUGAGCCCAAAUGAUGAGGAUAUUCCUCAUGGUUUUAUUUUUGCAACAUUCAUGAUGGCGUCAAUGUUGGGAAGCUCCCUUGCAUCUCGGUUGAUGGCUCAGUCUUCACCCCGGGUGGAAAGCUACAUGCAGAUUGUUUUUAUUGUCUCCUCUUUCUCGCUUAUGCUUCCCAUUGUAACCAAUUUUCUCGUGGCACCUUCUAAAGUGAGAGGCGGAGGCAUCUCGUUUUCAGGUUGUAUACAGCUUCUCGGCUUCUGCACAUUUGAGGCUUGCGUCGGGAUAUUCUGGCCAUCGAUUAUGAAGAUGAGAUCUCAGUACAUUCCUGAGGAGGCCAGGAGCACUAUUAUGAACUUCUUCCGCAUUCCUCUCAACAUCUUUGUCUGCGUUGUACUGUACAAUGUGAAUGCAUUCCCAAUCACUGUAAUGUUCGGUAUGUGUUCCAUAUUCCUAUUUGUGGCAUCCAUUCUGCAGAGGAGGCUCAUGGUGAUCUCCGACAAGCCAAAGUCAGAAGAUUGGUCAGCCAUGAAGGACAGGGACAAUGAGGCGGAACCGCUCAACAUUUGAUGGAAGCGAACUGACAAAACAGAAUUUUCCGUUCGAUGCUACCGUUUGAAUUUGCAAUCAAAAUUACAAGAGAAAGGUUUGGUCUUUCCUGCAAAGCAAGAAAAAUAUAGGGAAAGGUGACUUGGAACUCUUGAGAGAUUCAUUUUUUAGGUUGACAUAAUAGUAUAUUAGUGACUAUUUUUGUAGGAACUAUCUACAGAGUAAUUCUUUUUGAGUUGGGUCUAUAGUUUGUACCAAAGAAGUGUAAUUUCAUAUUACCAUUUUUUUCAACAUUGUCUUAUUUAUUGAGCUGAUAAUCAUCAUAUUUCCUAUAA